AUGUCAAAUACUGAAGCUAGUAGAGUCUACGAGUUGAUUGUAGAGGCCGUGAUACAGGAUGUGAGAGAGGAUUUCGAGAAUGCUGGCAUAGAUGAACAGACUUUGCAGGAUUUGAAGAGGAAUUGGCAGAAUAAAUUGACGGAGAGUAAAGUGACCGCUUUCAGUUGGGAUGACUUGAAUGGACACACCAAUGCGAACACUUUGGCGGUGCCCUCGUUGGAUGGUGCUGAUGGGAGACUGCUUAAUGAAUUCGGGACCAUCAAGGGGGAAGACACUCUGGGGGAUGGGAUUGACCAGGGGCUUGUGCUCCCCGGGUUUGACUCGCAGACGAACAACCAUAUAAAUACGGGGGAUCCUGCUGGUAUAUUAGGUGGUGAUUCCAUCAAGCAGGAAGAUCAUGGGGGUGUCCCGAUGCCAGGUGAUACUCUGAAUGGUGAUGACAGUGGUACAAAGGAUGUGGAGCAAGGUGACGAGUCCAGUUCACAGCAGAUAGAAUUGACAAUGAAUGAUACGGAUGGGAAAAUGGCGGAACAACUUAGAAUGGAGGAGAAACACGCCAAGAGAAGUGCACUACUGGACACAGACGAAGUUGGGUCCGAGUUGGACGACUCGGAUGACGAUUAUUUGAUCUCGGAAGGUGAGGAGGAUGGGCCUGACGAAAACCUAAUGUUGUGUCUCUACGAUAAAGUAACAAGAACGAAAGCUAGGUGGAAGUGUUCGUUGAAGGACGGGGUCGCUACGAUAAAUCGCAGAGACUAUACGUUCCAAAAGGCACAAGUGGAGGCAGAAUGGGUUUGA